AUGUCGAGCGCCAGCAGCGACAGUGAUGCAGACUCCUUCGACACGGCACCCUCAUCCGUCAACGAGACCCCAGGACCUCCUAAAGAUCCCGCCCUCUCUUACGGCCACCUGGUCAAGGACCCCGUCGUGGUUGGCCCUAUUACCGAGAAAUCGACGAUAGCGGAACUUUACAGAUUUGACGACGGAAAGUUCGCUCACAGAAAUUUGUUGAAGGAGCUGAGCACGUUCUCGACUCCAAUACCAGCAAGAAUCCGCAUCGGCAAUCUCACAGCGCCGGCGAUACGAGUGAAAGCGCACUUCAUGGGAGUUGGCCAAUAUGCUCGGAAAGUGAUCCACACUGUCAUCCUCGACUUCCACUUCAACGAUUGCGACGGAAAGCAGCUUUUCGAUUUCCAGUUCAAGCGUGUCGAUUGCUCCAUCGACUUCACGUCCACGGGUGCAACUAGCGAAGGCCUCAAUGUCACCCCACAAUUCAAUGCUGAGCAGCGAGCCUUCUUCAAUAUCCUUAAGUCAUUGGCACGUGCGACCGCUAAGCAGAAGCUACAUUCCGAUCUUUGCACCAGCCAGCUUGCUGCAGAAAAUCUCGCCACUUUCUACAAAGUGAUGGAUCGUCUGCCUGGAGGCUGUGGUCCUCUUCUCCCAUCCAUUGGAAGGCCGGAGUUCAGCAACUUUCCGGAGAACCCUGAGGACCUCACCAAAAUUCUCGAUCUCAUGCAGGGGGCAAAUCCAUGGCCUAUGACACCGUUGAGGAGCGGUGACUCUUUCAGUUCAAUUGCUCAUGCUCGCGCUGAGCUCUUGACGACGCAUAUUGUUUCAUGCCACGAACAUCAGCAGGAGCUGGAGCUUUUUGCGAGAUGCCAGAACCAUCAGGUAGCUGUCUUCCACACUCACGGCUUUGUUGUACUGGCGAUGAAGUUCGACCCAGCAAUGAAGACCCUGGGCGGAACAGGCGAAGACCAGCAUCUCAGAUUACCAAAAGAGAUGGAGAUCGAGAUUCUGAUCGACGGUCCGUGGAGACAGGACACUGAGCUUGAUGAGUAUGAGCGAGAUGUCGCGAUUCGAGCAUAUCACGACACUACACGGAUGGGUUUGCCAAAACACGACGCAUUCUUCGUCGUCAUAUCCCACGACUAUGCACUCUUCAGAGGUCGCUUGCAGGACCCAGAUGCUGCCGUGAUUCGCUACUACCGUGUUGAGAAACUGCGCCCGCACAAGGAAUGUUUUCUUUACGAGUCCCUCCUCGAUGCCACGGAAAAGGUCUGCUCAAAGCCAUACGCGGAAUGGCAUUUGAUUUUGAAGAAUCAGUUACACAAGGAUCUGGAAGAGAUUGAUUUCGUGGCCAGUCUCGAUGUGCCCAAGCGCACGAUCGAAAAGGCAGAAGAGUGGCUUGAAAAAUGCAAUAACUGGAACGAGUCACAGUGGAAAGCCCUAAAGGACAUGCGCCGCGCUCGAGGGAGAUUACAGCUCAUCAGCGGACCCGCCGGGACUGGCAAGUCCACCGUACAUGCAGCACAAGCGAUGUUUUUUGUCAAGUUGGGCGGCCGGGCUUUGUGCACGACGACCGCCAAUGCGAACGCUGAUCAUCAAGUGCGACAACUGCGACCUUUUGCUGAGAAAUGUGGCAUGAAAGAUGUGCGGAUCCACCGGCUGUAUCCUUCGUCCAGAGGCUUCAAGAUCGAAGAUUUCACUCGAGAGCAAGCGUUCUACAAAAGAGCGGGACACCAAGGGGGAAACGUUACUUCUCUCCAAGAGCUGAUUUUCAAGAAGAUGUGUCAGAAGGUGGACGCCUUCGAUAUGUCCGUUGAGAAGGGCGUGCUUGACGAGGCAAACAAUGGAAUUUUCAGGUAUGACACUUCAGUAACCAGCGACAAGAAGGAACUGGUCAAUGUCUGGGAGGAAAUGCGCAUCUACAUGAGGAAGGUGGAGGCAGGCUCCGUAAAUUGGCGCGACUCCAAAGAGCGCGAGCGUUUCGAGCGCGUCUAUGAGGCUUGCAAGGGUCACCUCAUCGGCGUCACCAAGAUCUUACUGACCACCAAUGGCAAUGUCCGCGGCAAAGAGAUGGUUCAUUUCGCAGAAGCCGAAGAAAUGUAUGGAGAGAAGGCCAUAUGCUCCCCUGUGGCGGAGAAGACGACGUGCUUCGGCAUCUUCGUUGACGAAGCAGCAAAGGAGAUUGAGCCUGCGAUCUGGAACACCAUUACGUCGCCUGGUCGACCGAAGAAGCCCGAUCUGGUGGUCUUUUACGGCGAUGAAAAGCAACUUGGGCCGAUCAAUACUUGCUCGAACAAAGACGUCCAGUACAAUCAGUAUUAUGAUCGUCUGAGCAUGUCUUUGAUGGGUCGGUUACUUCGCCAAGGCUUCCCGAGCAGCCCCUUGACGAUUCAGCAUCGUUUGCAUGAGUCCAUUGCCGGCUUCGUGAGUCGAGUCUUCUACGACAACACGGUCAUCAACGCGCCCUCCACGAGACGGGACCUUGAGAAAGUGGAGCCCGGUUUACGCAAAAUCAUUCAUCGCAUUGUGGCCAGUACCUUUACCAACGAAGCGAAACGUAAACAAUACCGAAAGACGGCAACCGAGCAUCAGGCCCGACUGCACUGGUGUGAAAUGCCACGCGGAAAGAUCGAGAAGGACAAACGCUCGCUCGCGAUUCCCAAGCACAUUUCUCUGUUCAUGCGCAAGAUCUUUCCAAAGCUCCAGGAGCACUUCGGAAAGCGUACGUCCAAGGAAGUUAUGCUUAUCGCUGGCUACACUCACGCGCUCAACACCUACGAAGAGGAAUUCCGCAAGCAUCAAAAAUCAGAGAAGGAAGCUGGUCGCAUCAAGGACAAGUCGUGGUACCCUCCCGUGCUCACGAUAGAUGCUGCACAAGGCCAGGAGGCUAUGGUAGUCACUAUCGAUGGCUGCCUGCAAUCAGCUGAUCAUCUUGGUUUCAUGGUCGAUUCUGGUCGGGCCAAUGUCGCGAUGACGCGAGCUCAAGAGGUUCUGCUCAUCAUAGGCGGUUCGAUGAAAUACAAGGACGAAUCUGAUCGGCCGGAUCCGGUUCCAGCAUUCGUGCAGCUACACGACGAGCUGGCGGCCAAGGGCCAAGUUCAUCGCUUCGGUGCGCCCGACGAUAGAUACUGA